GCCCUUUUUUCUACCCUCCUCUUCCUCCUCCUCCUCCUCCUCCUUUCGCCGUUCACCCUUCACCAUUCGCCAUUCGCCAUUCGCCAUUCGCCAUUCGCCGUCAGGCCUGUUCUGUUCUGUUCAGGCUGUUUGUUUCUCACCGCCCUCCCCCUCCCCCCCAACUCCGAGGUACACUCGAGCCGCCCACCCAGACCACCUCGAGGCAGCAGCACCAUAGCAACGGGUUUCGGCCCCAUUCUGGGAGUCGGCAUUAACUGGACACUUUGGCGUCCGCUCACCCCGCCCCCGCCCACCCCUUUCCCUCCACCCUCGGUCAGGACCACCCACCGGAUCAGCCUUUCUUCGCUGCCUCGCUUCCUUUUUUGCCCAUUUUGCCUCGCUUUCUCUGGCUCUCUCGUCGCCGACUGCUUUCGUCAAGACGGCAGCACUCUUGCCUGCACACCGACACCGGGUGGCGUUCGAUAA